AUGUUGCAAUUUUUGAAGAAGUCAUUGAUAAACCUGUACCUGCAAUAUGAACUGGUGACCAAUAUCUAUAUGUUUGAGCCAUGGGAAAAGAAACUGAUAAACGGUUUUGUUGCUGUUAUUCUAUCUUUGGUGAUAUUUUCUAGUUAUUUCUAUUUGCCCUCGUACAUUGAAACUUUCCUACAGUUUGUAACGCCACAGCCACAACAACAACAGGGUGGCAUAUCAGCGACGGGACCUGCAGCAUCAGCACCAUCAUAUGCCGCUCCCAUACUGCAAGCAGAGAAAAUUAGUAUAAGUUAAGAA